CCGUACUGCUUCAAAGUCAAGUGCUCUUGUCUCGCUUCAAAGUGCACAAAAAGGUAUUUUUCGUCACAAACCAAGAGCUGUAGACGUUUCCUCCUUUCAUGGUCUUUUCGACGAGAACCAGACCACUGCAUUAUGGAGGAUUUGGGGGAAGGACUUGUCCCUACUUCGUCGAAACACCAGGUGCAAUCUCUCGUUGUAGCAUUCGAGCAAGGUGAACUUCCUCACUUUGAUCCUUUUUAUGCUGUUGCCGAGGCGGGAGAAGAAAAAAGUGUAGAAGAAGAAAGGAAAAGCCCAGGAGAAGAACGGAAAACCCCAGAAGAUGAAAAUAGCAAUGCUUUUGACUCCUUAUCUGACCUAAGCAACUCCUUGAAACCACGCCCCAACUUUAUAGCAACUAGUGACUCUGCAAACACACCAAAAUCACGACAGGGUACAAUAAUAGAAGUAUCUCCACGAACACCAAAAGCGACAGGGAAGUCGUGUAGCGACCCUGCUCGAAAGGACCUCGAAAGAAACAAUAACAGUUCGCAGGUUCUUAAUUCUGGAGACAACAAUGAUAAAAGUCUUCAAGGGUUGACUAGCCAUGAAAUUAAUUUCGAUAAUGUCGAAAAUAAUGUUGACGAAAGUACCAAGGUUCAAAUCACAGAGGGAGCUCGUUCUAAUGAUACCGAAAACAACAGAGACGAAAAUCUCGAGGCGUCAGUUACAGAAGAAUUCAACGUUGAAACUAUUGACAAAAAUAAUGACAAAAAAUUCGAGGUUUCAAUCACUGACGAAUUCCAUUAUGAUUAUAUUGAAAAGAAUGACUACGGAAAUCCUGAGCUGUCAAUCACCGAUGACUUCAAUUUCGAUAGUGCUGAUGACGAGAAUAUGGAGAUGUCAAUUACCGAUGACUUCAAUUUCUCGACUACUGAAAAGAGCGAUGAUGAAUAUUUAGAGGAUUUCAUUGAAGAAAUCAAUCAGGAGAAUAUUGAGAUUUCAAUAACUGGCGAAUUCCUUUUCGAUGUGGAAGCUCAAGAACAGUCUUCAAUAAUUUCAUCGCUGCGAGAAUCGAGAGAUCCUGGAGGUCCGAGCAUUUCUUCUUUUAACCCAAGCCUCGAAACUUUUGACAGGGAAGACGAUGCAGCACAAAAGUCUGAUAGCGAAGAAAGGAAGGUUCUGAAAAGGGGUCUUACAAAGUCGCAAUGGGCGAAGUCUGUAGCAGCAGAUAUUACCUCAACCCCUUCUGCGAACUCGCUAAACAGCGAGAUUCGCAGACCCGGAUCAUCAAAAUCUGACGGGAAUGAUGAUAUAUAUAGUGCUACAUCAGUACUUAAUUUUCGGAAGCUAAAGGCACAACGUAACUCUUUUGUCCGUCGUAAUAUGAAAGACCCGAGAGAAACUAGCUCGAACGCUUCAAGCCAGCAAUCAGUAAGCAGCGAAGGAUCAGAAGUUUCAAGUGGUAAAAACAAGCCGCGGACUCGGGAGGAAUUGCGAAACAGCCUCCAAAAACAAGUUACAGCGCGCCUUAAAAAGUCAAACGGCGAUGAAAAUGGGAGUUUUACCGACGAUGUAAAGAGAUCCAUAUUAGGAAUUGUGAAAGAAGGUAACAGCGAUGGAGAAGACGAAGAAAAGGAAAAGGGGGAAGGCGUAGAAGAAGGUUCAGCCACAAGUGAAGAUAAUAAAGAAAACGAAGGGGAUGAAGACGGCGAAGGCGAUGAAGAGAAAGGCUGUCUCAAACGGCAAUCGGAAUGCCUCAAAGAUAUGAAAGGCAGGGCACUUACACGGCGUGGAUACAUCAGUUGUAUGACCAUCUGCAUUUUUAUGGUUUUGGCUGUGAACAUCGUUCUGAUCGUUUUUUUGAUACGUUGAGCUCCUUUUCGAAUUGCAUCAAAAGUAGUUGGAUUUGAAUGGAAGAAACUUCGUAAGAAAUAGAGAGAAGUCGAAAAAGUGUGUCGAAGGUUUUGAGAUCCGCUCUUCACGCAUGUAGAUCGAAUCCUAUGAGUUGAGAAUACUCACUAUGAAUAAGGCUCGGCUUUUUGCUUUUUGUACGUUGUCGAGACGAAAAAUUGUAGAUAAUAAUUUUCACUCACGAGAUAAUAUACUCUCCUUCAUUGAGCAAUCGAUCGUUGGGCUGUCACGAAUACCCAUGUGCUACGAGUUGAUUCACUCGUACCGGUACCUAACCGAUCGGGAUUUUAUUGCAGACUUGAUUGAUAGCAACUCGACCUACAAUAAACAUAAAUCGACCUUCUCCUCAGCACGAAUUUACCGUCAAGUGGUUUUCUAUUGAUUAAAAACUCAUACUAUUACAAUAUAAGAUAUUCAUUUUU